UUGAGCUGAGAGUGGUGAGACACAAGAUCGACUAUGUGCCGUUUAGUCAUUCAGCGCAGUCCAUUGAGAGGAGUUGCAAGAAGAUGAAGCUCGUUCUACCGCUCGUGAUUUUAUUCGGAGUGUACGCGUGUCAUAAUAACGACCAGACCGAGAUCAAUAAAAUCGAUAGCGGUGAAUCGCUACCACGUAAGGCGCAACACGUGCUCAACGCCACGCUCGCUGAGAUCUUCGAGAACGCAGUCCAGGCUUAUCUCGAGGAAGACUGGGACGGUUGUAUCGUAGGAUUUAAUGACGCUCUGCAUGGAUACAAAGUAUACAAACGCAUGGUGACAAUUUGUCGACGAAAAUGUAAGGCCGAGGCAAUAGGUUCUUCGCUGAUUUUUGCUGAAAAUAUUGAGGACUUGCACUUUUACGAAAGAAAAGUGAGGGAGACACUUUGUCUAAUGAAAUGUAAUCAGGAUUAUCGAGAGAUCGCAGGUGCGGGGGCUCUUAAACGACUCCCACACAUCAUGGAGAAGAAAUUUGUCGACCUUGUCAUCUAUGAGUAUCUUCAUAUCUGUUAUUUUCAGAAAGAAAGAUAUCAAGAUGCGGCAAAUGCAGCUUUUACCUUCUUGUCCCGACAUCCUGAUCAUGAGAUGACUAUGAAAAAUCUCAAAUACUACUUGAAUUUAUCCAAUGUCACCGUGGAAAAAGUCGUGAAUUUAGAGGAAGCUCCAUUUGUGCGAAAGUACAUCCGUGGGGUCAAAGAGUAUGAACUUGAGAAUUACGAGGAAGCUGUGAUUGAAUUCGAAAGUUCACUCCAAUCUUAUAUGAAAUCAGAGGAGGAAUGCAGAAUCUAUUGCGAAGGUCCCUUUGAUCAAGGAUGGUAUCCUGAGUUUACCUCUUCGAUAGCAAAUCAUUUUACGUUUUGUCUGAAGUGCAAACGUGGAUGUUCGCUUGCAUUGAACAACAUAAAUGGCAACUUUCAAAGUGAUUUAUUCAGAAGUCAUUUUAAUUACUUGCAGUUCGCUUAUUAUAAAUUGGGUAAUUUAAAAGCAGCUUGUGCAGCAGUUGCGAGUUACUUAUUAUUUUUACCCGCCGAUGAGACGAUGCUUCAUAAUAAAGACUAUUAUAGUUCUCAACCUAAGGUGAAAGAAGAGUAUUUUAUGCCAAAAAUGGAAGUGCUUUCUUACGUGAAACGGCAAGAAUAUGAACUGAUGUUGCUGUAUUAUAUAUCGGAGGAAUUUGCAGCGAUUGAUGCUAGAUUUAAAACGUCACCAGAUUUCACAAAAAAAACAAGAAACAUUAAGAUCAAUGAAAAGGAAUUAGAAAAGGACUCCUCGAGAUUAAUCUUUCAUCCACCGCCAGGUCACUCACCAUCUAUCCGAACGCGAUUUAUAAAUAAUCUGUCGGUGUUGCGCGAUAAGGAGACUGAAAUACAAAAAGAUUAUAUCAUAAAACGGUUGGGAGUCAAAGACGACGUGCGAUUAAUAGCAGGAGAAAAUGAGCUUGGCAGAAGAAAUCGUUACGCAUUUGAUGGUCUUCUCAAUUCCACUGAUUGCAAUUUGCUCAUACGACUUGCCCAGAUUGCUGUAGAAGGAGACGGCUAUGAAGAAAAUAAAAAUCCGCAUUCACCUUAUGAGCGUUUUGAAGGCGUGACCAUUGGCAGGAUGGCUUUGAUGGUCUACUUCGGUAUGACAAAGCCGGAAUUACUGAAAUUAUUCCUCCAACGCACGGAAGCAGCUCGUGAUCACGUGGAAAAAUAUUUUGAUCUUAAUCAACCGUUGUAUUUCACCUAUAGCCAUUUGGUCUGUCGAACGGCUUUACUCGAUACGUCAGUAAAUCGAACUUAUCUUAGUCACGAAAUUCACGCCGAUAACUGCAUGAUAAAAGAAGAAUCCUGCUUACGAAAAGAUCCAGCAUAUACAUGGCGAGACUAUUCGGCGAUUCUGUAUCUCAAUGAUGAUUUUGACGGCGGCGAGUUCUUCUUCGUUGAAGAUUGGAAGACACGUCGCGUCCAGGGGAUUGUUCGGCCCCGGUGUGGACGUAUGGUGGCUUUUUCCGCCGGUGGUGAGAAUCUUCACGGUGUUCAGGGUGUACGUAGCGGCAGGAGAUGUGCGAUAGCGUUGUGGUUCACUCAGGACAAAAAAUAUCUGGAGUACGAGAGAAUGGUAGCAGAUAUUAUAUUGCAGAGAGUCCACAUUUUGGGUACUGUGCAACGCAAGACCCAAAUACCACUGAGGUACGAAGAUAUACUGAUUCAAUAUUUCAAAGAAGAUGAGACAUUGAGACACAUAUUGAAGAAAUUUGUAAGAGAAAACAGCAGGAAACGCCAAGAAAGAUAAAGCUCUCGACGGGACAACCGGAGUGAGGAAGGAGGGACUCCUGAUCGGUGGAAUUUAUCAUAAAUGUCGUUACCGAGGUUCAGAUGGCAGUUUACUGUAUUUUGUCCGGGCGGCUGCGCGCUGCACAAAAAUUUAGCUUUAACGGAUACGCGUGGGAGCGCAGUUUGACUCGAAUCCGCGCGAUAUUUACGCGCAAUUUACACGAGGAUGAGUAUCGGUAUCGUAUCGGCGAUACUCGUCGUUGCUCUUAUGUUUGUGCUCACCGUAGAUAGUGUCGCGGAUCUAGGAUACGCGCGACUAAGUAACGGUGAGUUUACUAACGGAUUAUCGAUUGUCACGAUACUGUCGUUUAUCAUUAAACUUGCGCAGUCGGGAGCAAGUGCCAAAAAAUGUUCUUGGUGAUUUAAGAGAUUUGUUCUUUUGACAUUUGGGCCACUUGUCAAUAUGAUAUAUUGGUUGUUAUUUUGCAUAUUGGGACGCAAAGUAGAGAAAGAAAAAUAAUGGAAAAAAGAAGAAGAAAAUAUAUACUACGAAUUUUGUCAUGUAAUUUUUGAGGAAGUGAAAAGUGUAAAUGAGUUUGUUUGUUCAUAUUUUUAUUGUACUCAGUAAAAAUAAAUGUAAAAAUUGAAGUGCGAAAAAAAAACAGAUGCGACAAGUUAUUAUUAUGAGUCAUAAUUAGUGGUAACUUUUACGUCGCUUUUACUCUAAGGAAAUAUUCACACAUAUUGAAAAAAAUCUUAAGUAAGCUUGUGAGAUACAUAAUUUAGUGAUAAUAUUGUUCAAAAUAUUUAAUUGCUAUGAGUAAAUGUAAUAAUAACAAGACGUUUUAAUAAUUAUAAACAUUUUGUUAUAAUCACAUUAUUUUAUUAAUUAUAUUACGUUUAAUUAAAAUUAUCUCAUUAAGGUAAUGGGUAACUUUGACUAUGGUUAGAGUAUUAUAAUUAAAUCUUUCUUUUUUUUACGGAAAAAUGGAAUGCGGAAAAGGAAUAUUUGUUAGAAUUAUUCAGAAGUUGCACUGGUAGUUGUUAUAUAUUCCACUAUGAAGAAUUUUACUUUUUGACACCUAAUUUGAUUGCGCCUUAAUCGUGACACAUGUAGAACGCUAAUACAGUUUUUAUGGAUUUGUGUAAAUGUAAAUGUCUAUAAUCUUAUCAAAGAUAGAUCUUUAAAGAUACAUUUUGUACCGUAUAUUAGUAUUGAUUUUAUUUACUGUACUUGAGCCAUGCGCUAUUAAGAUAUUCUCAGUCAAAGAUAAUUACAAAGAUUAUACAUGUAUGUAUUAUCACAGGAAAUGGAUACCUGCAAAGCGGAAUGUUAGUGCCAAAAGGAAUAUCUACAAGUAAAUUUAAGAAACUUCAUUAACUUGAAAAUAUGUUUUGUACAGUUAUAGAUAGAGAAGAGAAAUAAAAUGUUUUGUAACGUUUGAAAUAUAGAGAAAUAUUUGCGUAUUAAAAAUAAUAUAUAAAUAAAAAUAUAAACAUUA